AUGGAACGAUUCAACUCAUCGUUUACUACAUCAUCUUCUCAUCAUCACCCUUUCCAUCAUUCACAACACUCAACGUUGAAUACCAUGCCACAACCAUCUCUCACAUCAUCAACAGGACUCAAUCACAGCUUUAACUCUUCCGGGAUGACCGUCAUUGUGAAGCCAAAUCCAUCUGCAACGAUAGGUUCCAAUCUUUCCCAUAGAACUUCCUUGUUCAAUAAGCAAUAUAUUGUCGAGAGAAGUGCUGAUCGUAGUUUGUUAUUAGAAUCCAGAUCAAGCGUUGGUCCCAAUUCUUUCAUGAUGGACGAUGAUGAUAAAGAAAAUAUUUCCCAAACUUGUCAUUUAAAUGAACUCAAUACAUCAACGGCCAUUGUAGAUGCUCAAAUUCCUCUUAAACAAAGCCUUACUACCACCUCCUCUAAACCCAAUCAUCCAUUGAACAACAUUACUACUACUAAUACCACCUCGGAACACCAUGAAAUGAAUAGAUCCAACAACAUGAACUCUCAUGAUCAUCAGAACACGACGAGUUCUACCGCAUUGAAUCAUGGUCCCACACUAGUUCUCAAACAAUUUGCAAACAAAGUUUUCCUAGAUUUUGGUAAGGUGAAAAUGAAUAGUGGUGUUGGUCGUGUAUGCAAUUUGUUGGUUGCAAAUCCAACUUCUAAAGAACAAGAAAUUGCAGUAGAAAAACUUCCUGUUCAAUAUGGAUUUACGUUGAGAGAAGUGAUUUAUACAAUUCCUCCAUUGUGUAAUGAUUUUGUCAUUCCUAUUCAAUGGACACCCACAAGUCUCGGAAAAGUGAAUGGUCAAUUAAUCUUUUUAUGGAAUACUCGUUUUAGAUUUUGUGUGAAUUUAAUUGGAGAAGCAAUACCUGAUGCUAAGAGUACAGCUGUAUCUAGGAAACAACCACCUUUAUCAACAAAUUCUAGAAUGAUGAAGGGAACUCUAACGGCCACAACAAGAUCUGAGCAAAUCAAAAACAAUACUUUUGGUGUGAAUGAUACUUUUAACAUGUCUACAUGCAAUAUUUCUGCCAUUCUCCCUUCUCAAAACAGUCAUGCUGUAGCAGAUCACUCCAUGCUCUCCACAGUUCCGAUCGUACCAAACACCACAGUUCCCUCAACACCAGUCACAACGAGUUCAGCUGCAACUGCUCCUCUCAUGCCAACUCAACGAAGAACACAACCAUCAACCAUUCAAAGAACAUCAGUUUUGGAACGUACUGCUCGUACAGCAGCAGCACAACCACCAUCCACCAAUACCUUACCACCUCGAGUAUCCACAAAGAUUACCAAACCUGAAAAGAUGAAACGAGAAAAUCAAUCCAUGUUGAGUCAUUCCAAGACACUGACAGCCGUAGCUGCUCAAAACAAUACUUCUUCCCUCGCACGAGACAGCAAUACGAGUAGUGUUGUGUCCACCACUCAAAAACGAAUCAUUCAAAGCACAGCUCGAUCUGAAAUUCAAAAGAUUCUCGAAAGACAACGUGAAUUGGAACGAGCACUCCCUGUCAGCAUGCCUCAACUCGUUCACGAAUUGAAGAAUUUUGGAAUUGGAAUUCAUCAAAUUUCUCUUAUUCAAGGAUAUAAGGAUAUUCGUGUGGCCAUGUUACUUCAAUGGGUUCAUGCAGUUCUUGAAAAGUAUGAAAAUUUACCUUCAAAAUAUAAGGUGUGGAAUUUUUCAUCUCCAUCUUUAAAAACAGAAGAAGAAUUAGUUUUUGCGUUGAUUAGCAAUCAAUAUAGGUUGCCUUCUCCUCUUCCUCUCGCAGAAAUUUUACCAAAAGAUGAUGAAGAGCGUGAAUAUCUUCAUCAUUAUCAAUAUUCUGACAAUGGUUGUUGGAGUGCAUCCUUUUCACCCACAAAACUCAAAACAAAACCUGAAACUUCCAAUAAGGAAUACAAUGAGCAUGAGAUGGUUUGUAAAAUUGGUCAUCUCUUUAAUACAUUGUAUCAACAGAAGGAACAACUGGUUCGAACAAAGGCAUUGGUGGUUAUUCAAAAUUGGAUGCUUACCAUCUAUUGGAAACGAAGAUUGCAAUGGUUGAGAGAGAGCUCUUUGAUUGUACAAGCUCGAGUGAAAGCUGUGUUAGAGCAGCGAAAACUUGAUCGAAUGAAAGAAGAACGAAAGCAGCGUAUUCUUAUGGAACUCACUGCUCGUUUACAAGGAAUGGCAAGAGGAUAUCUUGCUCGAAAAGUUCACACAGAAGAGAAAUCGAGAAUUUGUGUUCAACAAGCUCUUAUUCGAUCCUUCUUGAAUCAGAGAAGCAAAUUUGAAUGUACGCAGUCAGCACUGUCCAUUCAAGCAGUGAUGAGAAUGUUUUUGACUCGAGAAUUCCAUCUUGAUGACAAGUAUGAUUUGUUGAUGUGCCAAGCAGUCAUUAGAGCAUUCUUGACAAGAAAGCAAUUUUAUAUCGAUUAUGCCGAAGUUCUUGAAUAUAAUAACAUGUUAGAAAUGGAAGCAUUCGAGAAGUAUAUUAAUGAAUCGAUUGAGGACUAUGAUGAAAAUGUCACCUUGCAUCAAGCCCUUGCAAAAGGUUCACUCUCUCGAUUACAAUUUAACAAGUCUCUACAAGCAAUUACAUUUAUCCAAUCUUGUGUGAGACAACACAAAUCAAGAAUUACAUUCAAGAAUAUGAAGCAAGACAUUAUUUCCAUUCAAGCGCUCGCAAGAAGAGUCCUUGAAAGAAGAAAGUAUGCCCAUGAAAAAGAACGAAUCCAUACUCAACAAGCACUUGUGAGAGGAUUCUUGUCAAGAGAAUGCAAACAAGUUGGAGAGAACCGAGUGGUCACCAUGCAAUCUCUGAUUCGAAGAAGACAACAUGAAAUUAUGCUCAACACAUCAAUGAAGCAAACCAUAAUCAUGCAAUCUCUUAUUAGAAGAUUCUUCAAUGAAUGUGAUUGUCUGAUUGAUAGAUAUCGAGCAUUCAUAUUCCAAGCCGCUUCUCAAGGAAUUGUAGCAAGACGAAACAAGAUGGAAUCGAUUCAGCAUGUUACCACUCUUCAAGCUUUAAUUAGAGGUCGUCUUUCCAGAAAGACUCGUGACACUAACAUGGAAUCUGUUUCCAUGAUUCAAAGAUCGAUGAGAGAUUGUCUUUUCAGAAAGCAUUAUUCACAAUUUGUUGAAAAUAUGAAAAUGAUUCAAUCCAGUAUGAGAAGUUAUUCUGUACAACAACAAAAACACCAACGUAUGAGUGCUAUCAUUACUAUUCAAUCAGUCAUUCGAGGUUUCACACAACGAAAAACAUGCUUUGAAAAUACAACCUCCAUCAUUUCUCUUCAAAGCUCCAUCAGAGGCAAAACAGAGCAACAAAAAGCAAAACUCGCCUUUGACAGCAUUUUGUCACUCCAAGCAGGUCUCAGAGGCAAGGGUCGUCGAGAAUCCAUGUUAGACGAUAUGUAUGAUAUUACUUUGAGCCAAGCUAUUGUAAAGGGAGUCCUUUGUCGCUACUCAUUCACAUUUGAAGUUUUAGAAAGUGUGAAAUGUCAAUCACUCGUGAGAGGAGAGCUCGAAAGGAAAUUAUUAGAAAAGCAACGAGAGCGUGUCACUACUCUUCAAUCCUUAGCAAGAGCUUAUUUACAAAAAGAAUCCAUUGAAGACGACAAGUAUGAUGUUUCACUUUGUCAAUCGAUCAUUCGAGGAUUUUUACAAAGAAAGAAAUUAGAACAAGAACGUCAAUCUCUAUUGAAUUAUCAAGCAUUGGUGAGAAGUUACUUGUCCAAUCGAUUCUUCAAUCAUAUUAAGAGUAUUUCAUCACAAAUGCAUUCUGCUGCCACUCGAAUUCAAAAAGUAUUUAGAGGUUUUAUGGUGAGAAAAUCUAACGCUGAUCAAGUGAAUAUCAUUCGACAACGCAUUCAACACUUGGCAGAGAAUACUGAUGAAAGAAAGAAACUCAAGAAUCGAACUCAAAAGGCAUUGGAAGUGUUAUUGAAAUCAAAUUCUGUGAAUCAAGUGAUGAGUGCUUGUGCAAGCUUGGCAACCACAACGAAAUGGAGUGAUAAUUGCUGUGAAAGUUUGGUGACGAAUGGUGCUGUUCCAAUACUCUAUACUUUUAUUAAGAUGUUGAACCGAUCGAAGCCACAUAUGGAUUUAUUGAUUCACAUUUUGGACAUUUUACUGCACUUGACUCGCAUCAAGUAUUUGAAUUGUUUGGUUCACGAGAAGAAUGAAUAUUUUGAUAUUUUGUUUGAUCAAGCCCAAAUUUACAGAGAAAAGGAAGAAAUUUUCAUGAGAGCAAUCACUCUCAUCAAGAAGGCAGAUCCAAAACGAUUGAAGAAUGUCAAAGAUACUCUCUUGAAACGAUGUACAAGUGUCUCUCGUUUGAUGGAACGAAAAUAUACCACCGAGAAGAAAUCCAUGAAGACGGCACAGAAUCACCUCAACUCUUCAGCCCUCAAUUCCAGCUCGCUCAAUAUUUCUCUCAACGACUCGAGUAUGCUAUCGAAUCGAAAGCAAGCAGCAUCUUCAAGCAACCACAUGAACACAUCGGGUGUUGGACGCUCGGUGGCCAGUAGUAGCUUGGUUCUUGCUUAUGAGAAUAUUGCAGAACUUGUGGACGUUCUUAAUAAAUUAAAAUAA